CCGGAAACAGGCCUUUUGAACCAACUAAGAUUUCUGAAUAGUGUAACUAAAUCUUCCCUCUUUUAAAGAAAAGUUAGAAAACUGACGAACAAGAUAUUCUUUUGUAUUUAAAUUUGCUUUCGAAUUUUUACUCGACAUCAAGUCUAAAAAAAUUUAAGCCAUCCAAAAUGGCGACUGAGGAGUCUAUGGUGGUCACAGAAAGACAGCAUGAGCUGAUCAUUGAAGAUAUGCAAAUUUUGAUGCCAAAUUUUGUGGAGUUUGUUGAAGAUGUUUUGGAACAAUUCAUCAACGAAAAUCCAGAAGUUACAAAGAUAUUCGGGUGGGUGAACGACAACAGAACAGGGACUGAACAACGAAGCCACCCUCGCUUCAAAAAUCAUGCAAGGGCUAUUGGAACAGCACUGACUGAAUGUCUGAGAGACCUAAAUGGAAUAAAGCAACACGAAGAGAAAUUGAGUUAUCUAGGUUCUCUUCACAACAAGAAGAAGGUACAAUAUCACUUCUACGAGAAGCUGGGCCAAUGCAUCGUGAACCAAGUGGAAAACCGAGUUGGAUCAAAUUGGAACGCAGAGAAAAAAUUGGCUUGGAAAAAGGCAUAUGAAAUCAUCACUUUCUACAUGAUAGUUCGAUUCUGGAUGGGAAAUUACGGAGUGUGAAAAGAAAACAAUUUGAAACAGUCAUACUGAAUUAUCAUUUCACACCAUUAGAUACAAGAAAAAAGAAAAGUUGCAUGAUUUUUCUUGAUGAACUCACAAAAAUAUGAAAAUAAAAUAAAAAUUAUAAGUUACAAUUGAAUUAUGAUUUAAACUAGACUUCUCAGUUGUUGACACAUAAUUUGAACAAA